UAUUAUUAGAAAUAUCCAGUUUUAUUUUUGUAGUAGUGGAUGGAUGGAUUACAUUUCCUAAACUUCCCCUCUUGUCCAGAAGGGGGCAGUAAUGAAUCAGUGAGCUGUUAGGCGAACACCGGAAACCAACAGCAGACGAAGAAAGUGAGCGAAACUCAAACAAGCAAGACAAACGUUACUGGGAUUUUUCUUCAUGUUUCCUUUGUUUUCGCUAAAAUAAUAAUUGAACACAAGUGAAGAAAGCCACAUAACGCUACACCAGCGUGUGACCAGGCCCACUGGAUGAUGAGACUGUAGCUGAAGCUGAGAGUUUAGCAUAGCGGAGGCUAACGUUACCAAUGAGUGCUAGCCGGCUUAUUACUCCGAAAAACGGCAAGUGUAAAGCUUCAGUCAGUCAGACUAAGGAGCGCCCGGCCUCCAGAGCCAGCAAGGUGCUGGCCGAGAGGAACCAGGCGGUGGUGGCGGUGGGAGCUUGGGUGGAGUGCGGGCAGGACUUCCUGGAGCACCCGUGUACUCUUGCCUUGCUGACUGAGGAGAUCCAGGCAGAAAAGAGGAAGGAGAACGAAGAAAGCCUUCGACGAUUUCAAGAUGAAGUGCGCCAUCGUGUGGCACAGCAAGCUCAAGUCAGCAAGAAGAGACUGCAGCCUGGGCCGAAGCCCGACAGGAGAGUCCAGCACCAGCAGCGUCAGGUCUGGACCCACCAUGUGUCUUCUGGUGAGAAGCUGAUGUCUGCAGGAGGUCCUGCACAACAGAGAGGGGAGCUGAGGAGCCCUCAGGAGUCGAGUGAAGGCGUGCGGCGGGUCAGACUCAGACUGGCUGCCUGUCGGAUGAUCCCGCAUGAGGAAGUGACAUCAGACCUUCCUGGAGGAGAAUGGAACAUCUCUGCAACCAGACAUAAAGCUGGAUCUCACAUGCUGAGGGCAGAGCAGGAAGUGGAAGAGGAGGAUGAUGAGGAAGAAGAGGGCGAUGAUCAGCUCUUCACCAGUCAACAUGAAUGUCCCCUCGUUCAGCAGAAGCUGAGUGGAGCUGAAUCCUGGGAGUCUGACCGGUCACAUCCCGAUGCUGGUUUCCAGUCCAACCUCGGCGUCCCACGCGUCCUGUGGCCUCUGACCCACCGAGAAGAGCUGAAAAGACAGCGUGAGUCUCAGUUCCUGAUGCACCGUCGGCUCUACAUGAACAUCGAGAGAGAGCAAGUGAAGGAGAACGAGCAGCACAGGAAACACCUGAAGAGGACAGCAAGGAUCAAAGCGGAGAAGGAGCAGAUUCGGCGGGAGGAGGAGAGGAAGUUGGAGCGAGUGCAGCAGCUCGCCGAGGCCAGACGGAAGCUGGAGGAGAGGGAGCUGCUCGUUCUGGAGCGCCUGAAGCUUGAGGACGAGGAGAGAACUGCGGAGCUGCAGAGGAGGAAGAGAGAGGAGAAAGGCAAAGUAACUGCAAGGUUCGUCGAGGCUCUGAGGGCUCAGAUGAAGGAGCGACUGUCUCAGGAGGAGCUGGAGAAGCUCCCUCCUCUCUGCUUCUGUGCCUCCUCUUUCUGGGACUCCCACCCCGACACCUGCGCCAACAACUGCGUCUUUCACAACAAUCCCAAAGCGUAUGCCAAGGCCCUGCAUUCGACAGUGCUGAGUCUGGAUUUGCAGUAAAGGGGGCUGAUGGACUACAGAGGAUGUUGUCUGGCAGAACUGGGCUCUUCUCCACACUGAAACAUCACAUAUCAGAUUGAUUGACCUGACAUUUGGUGCAGACAUUUUUUUUUUUUUUACCAGAAGAUUAAUCCGAGUGACUUGAUGAUCCAUGACUUUUCAUGACUUUUCAUCUGGUGCUGCCAGCAGCCCCAGGCUUUCACUUGUCCCAUAGAACAUCCCAACGCAGACAUCGAUGGUUUCCAGAUGUUGAUCCUGAUAACCAGAUGAAUUAAAGAUAAUCUGGUGUAGCUUGUGCUGUGUUUCACGCUGCAAAGGGUCACAUCACGUCUUACAGUGUGAUUCAGCAGAAUCAAACAUUAAAAUCUGAUUUUGGUUUUUUUUUCCUCCCAAUUUAAUCAUUAUUUUUUUUUUACUUGGAAACACAAGAUUAGUGUCAUAGCUGAGGCAUCUGAUGUGUGCAGAGGCGUAGGUGCACGUAGAUAGGUGUAGAUAUUUAUUUUUCUUUUUUUUUGUCCUAAUUUAAAUGCUGGGGAGUAUUUAAACAAAAUAGUUUAAUGUUUUAAGCGUUGCUUUGUGAGUAUUUUUGUUUGGUGCUGUUGAUAAAUCAGAUUAGCAGCAGAUUAUUGUUAUUUAUUAAUAAUAAAGAAAUGUGUGUGCUCACAGACUUUACAUUACAUACAUACUUUUUGUACAUGUGAUUAGUGAUCAAUAAAGAAGUCUGUACACGUCUAA